AUAAUUGCUAGCCUACUUGAAGCAUCCGGGACGACAUCGGUAGUAGACAUGGCGGGUAUCAACCUGGUUAAAUGACGAAAUAAAUUUUGUUUGCUAAUAUAAGAACGUGUUAAUUUCGUAGGAAAGUGUUGAUACUGAAAGACUAAUUAAGUUAUAUUGGAUUAGGACAAAAAUGCAGAAUGUUGGACAGUCUGAAAACCGUAAUAUCGAUAAGGUGAAUGUGCAACUUGAUGUGGUAAAAUCGUCCACUCCUCAGAGUUCGGCUUCGAGUCCGGCCAAAUCUGAAACCGAAACGUAUUCAGGUGCGCCUGCCAAAUACAUGACGGACUCUUCUGAAAGCGAGGAUGACUCUGUAUCCGAGGCGGAGAUGGAGGAAGAAGGCGCAGGUACGGAGUCAUCUAAGUUCCUACUAUCCCACGACGACCCGGAGCGGGCCGUCGACCCUGAGAUGCAGGCGAGACUCGAGGCACUCCUGGAAGCAGCAGGCAUCGGCAAGCUGUCGGGCGAGGGCAAACACCUGGCGGACCCGGAGGUGCUCCGGAGGCUGACGUCGUCGGUGUCGUGCGCGCUCGACGAGGCGGCGGCGGCGCUCACGCGCAUGCGCAGCGACCAGCCGCCGCCCCACCACCGCCACCACCACCAGGACAAGCCCACCCAAUGCGGUUCAACGGCAACGGGUACGACGCCAACAACGACGACGAGCGCGGAAGGCGCGCCGUCGCUGGCGGAGGCUUGUUCGGACGGCGAUGUGGGCACGGUCCGCAAGCUCCUCACGGAGGGCCGCUCGGUGCACGAGACCACGGAGGAGGGCGAGUCGCUCCUGUCCCUUGCAUGCUCCGCGGGCUAUUAUGAGCUCGCGCAGGUGCUGCUAGCCAUGCAUGCUAGUGUUGAAGACCGGGGGAUCAAGGGCGACUGCACGCCCCUGAUGGAGGCGGCGAGCGCGGGGCACGUGGACAUCGUGCGGCUGCUGGUGGCGCACGGCGCGGACGUGAACGCCGUGUCGGGCUCCGGCAACACGCCGCUCAUGUACGCCUGCGCCGGCGGCCACGAGGAGUGCGUGUCCGCGCUGCUCGACAACGGCGCCAACGUCGAGGACCACAACGAGAACGGACACACGCCACUCAUGGAGGCCGCAUCGGCUGGUCACGUGGGCGUCGCCAAGAUCCUCCUAAAGCACGGUGCCGGCAUCAACACCCACUCGAACGAGUUCAAAGAGUCCGCGCUAACCCUCGCCUGCUACAAGGGCCACCUCGACAUGGUGCGGUUCCUGCUGGCCGCGGGCGCCGACCGCGAGCACAAGACCGACGAGAUGCACACGGCGCUGAUGGAGGCCAGCAUGGACGGCCACGUCGAGGUCGCGAGGCUGCUGCUCGACUCGGGUGCACAGGUUAGUUCAGUGAACAUGCCCACGGACAGCUUCGAGUCGCCGCUGACGCUGGCGGCGUGCGGCGGGCACGUGGAGCUGGCCAUGCUGCUGCUGGAGCGCGGCGCCAACAUCGAGGAGGUCAACGACGAGGGGUACACGCCGCUCAUGGAGGCCGCCAGGGAGGGUCACGAGGAGAUGGUAGCACUCCUGCUCGGGCAGGGCGCCGCCAUCAACGCGCAGACGGACGAGACGCAGGAGACGGCGCUGACGCUCGCGUGCUGCGGCGGCUUCCUCGAGGUGGCCGACUUCCUCAUCAAGGCGGGCGCCGACGCAGAACUAGGCGCCUCCACACCUCUUAUGGAAGCCAGCCAGGAGGGGCACCUCGAGCUAGUGCGGUACCUGCUGAACGCGGGCGCGGACGUGCACGCCCAGACGCAGACGGGCGACACGGCGCUGACGUACGCGUGCGAGAACGGGCACACGGACGUGGCCGACCUGCUGCUGCGCGCCGGCGCCGAGCUCGAGCACGAGAGCGAGGGCGGCCGCACGCCGCUCAUGAAGGCCUGCCGCGCCGGACACGUCUGCACCGUGCAGUUCCUAGUGGGCAAGGGUGCCGACGUGAACCGUGUAACGGCGAACGGCGACCACACCCCCCUCUCCCUGGCGUGCGCGGGCGGGCACGCGGACGUGGUGAAGUUCCUGCUGGCGUGCGACGCGGACCCGUUCCGCAAGCUCAAGGACAACUCCACCACGCUCAUCGAGGCGGCCAAGGGCGGCCACACCGCCGUCGUGCAGCUGCUGCUCGACUACCCGCACUCCGUCAUGCUCUCCAGGAGUGAGACAGGUGAUUCCGUCAGUGCGGGCGCGGAGGACAGCAGCGGGCUGAGCGCGGCGCAGGCGGCGGCGCUGGGCCUGCAGCACGUGCCGGCGCCGGGCCAGCACGCGACCCAGCGCGCGCUGCUGCCCGCACACCCCGCACACCCCGCGCACCUGCCGCAGCUGCCGCCCGAGAUGGCCGCCGACCCCGUCAUGGCCCACGCCUACAUCGAAGGUUGGCGCAUGUCAGCGAAAGUUGACGGCAGCGGCGCCCCUGCCGGCGCGGGUUCGGGCGCUGGUGCGGGUGCGGCUGCGGGCGCGGGCGCGGCGGGCGGCAAGCACAAGUGCGCGCGCAAGCAGCGCGCCGCGCCGCCCCACCCCGACCACCACCUGCCGCCGCCGCCCGACAUCCAGGACGACCCGAGGACGACUGAAGCGCUGGCGAGUCAGGCUCGCAACGAAGCACUGCCAGAGACUGAAAGGAGCCUGCUCGAAUUAGCCGAUAACACCGGUCCCCCGACGCUCGCGACGUCUGCACUCCACGCGUUGGACCUACAGUUCUGCGCACAAGGUGUGACGACCGUGUACCGACCUACCACGCCGCCCUACCCGCCGCCGCAGCAGAUAUUCCCCACGCAGCAGCUCGCGCCUAACCUUACCCAGCAACAGCAACUACAGGAGUUACAACAACAACAGCUCCAACAGUUGGCAGCGCAGCAGGUCCAACAACAACAGCAGCAACAACAAACGCAGCAACAGCAGCAACCGCAGCAGCAGCCACAACCGACGCAGCAGAAGAAACAGCUGCAACCCCAACAACCCCAACCCCUUCAGCAGUAUUCGCAGGAACUGCAGAGGCCUGAAGCGUAUGCGCCACAGGCGGGCGCGGAAGGCUGCGGCGCGGUGGAGGCGCGCGAGCUGGGCGCGGUGCUGGCGUACCUGCAGCGCGAGGUGCCCUCGCUCGUGGCGCUGCCGCCCAACGAGCUGCGCUCGCUGGUGCUGCAGGUUAUGCAGCAGAAGUCGCACGAGAUCUUCUCGAGCAAGUGCGCGGAGGCGGAGGAGGAGGGUGAGGAGCGGCAGGCGCGGCAGUUGCUCGCCGUGGCCGAGCAGGCGCUCGGCGCAGACUGGGCCCGGCCGCACCACCACCACCACGGCGACCAGGCGGUCAGCAACGGCUGCCAGUACCGCGUGCGCGGCAUCUCGCCGCUGGACCCCACGCUGGAGCACGAGCCCGCGGAGCGCGAGCCGCAGUUCCCCCAGCCGGCGCACGCGCAGCCGUCCCAGCCCGCCGACGACUACCGGUCGGCCACGUUCGUGCCGCCGCACACGCCCGCGGUGACGCAAACCCAGCCCGCCCAACCCCACUCUAAGCGGGAGCACCCCACCACUGGAGUCAAGAAAAAGGGGCGGUUCUCGGGCGGGUCGCGCGCGCGCGGCGGCGACGCGUUCGGCACGGCCACGCCGCCGCAGCCCGCGCCCGCCGCCUACUCCGCCAUGGACGUGGACGGCGAGACCGACUCCAACCACGACACCGCGCUCACGCUCGCCUGCGCCGGCGGGCACGAGGACCUCGUCGAGCUGCUGCUCAGCCGCGGCGCCGACAUCGAGCACCGGGACAAGAAGGGCUUCACUCCUCUCAUCCUAGCGGCGACCGCGGGACACGAGAAGAUCGUGGAGAUCCUCCUGAACCACGGCGCGGACAUCGAGGCGCAGUCGGAGCGGACGAAGGACACGCCGCUGUCGCUGGCGUGCUCGGGCGGCCGCUACGAGGUGGUGGAGCUCAUCCUCAGCCGCGGCGCCAACAAGGAGCACAGGAACGUCUCCGACUACACACCCCUCUCGCUGGCCGCGUCCGGCGGCUACGUCAACAUCAUCAGGCUGCUCUUACACCACCAGGCGGAGAUAAACUCCCGCACGGGCUCGAAGCUCGGCAUCUCACCGCUAAUGUUGGCGGCGAUGAACGGGCACACGGCCGCCGUGCGCCUGCUGCUGGACUGCGGCUCCGACAUCAACGCGCAGAUCGAAACCAACCGCAACACCGCGCUCACGCUCGCUUGCUUCCAAGGGCGGCACGAGGUCGUGAGCCUGCUCCUAGACCGCAAGGCGAACGUGGAGCACCGCGCGAAGACCGGUCUGACCCCGCUGAUGGAGGCGGCCAGCGGCGGCUACGUGGAGGUGGGCCGCGUGCUGCUGGACAAGGGCGCCGACGUGAACGCGCCGCCCGUGCCUUCCUCGCGCGACACCGCGCUCACCAUCGCCGCCGACAAGGGCCACACCAAGUUCGUCGAGCUGCUUCUGCAGAGGCGAGCAGCGGUGGAAGUGAAAAACAAGAAAGGCAACUCCCCCCUCUGGCUGGCCGCUAACGGCGGUCACCUCGCCGUCGUCGAAAUGCUAUACGCGGCCGGCGCGGACAUUGAUUCACAAGACAAUAGAAAGGUAUCGUGCCUGAUGGCCGCCUUCCGAAAGGGCCACACUAAAGUGGUCAAGUGGAUGGUCGGUGUCGUCACGCAGUUCCCCUCUGACCAGGAAAUGACGAGGUACAUCUGCACAAUAUCGGACAAGGAGCUGUUAGAGAAAUGCCAAGAGUGCGUGCGCGCGAUCCGCGCGGCGAAGGAGACGCAGGCGGCGCGCGCCAACCAGAACGCGACCAUCCUGCUCGAGGAGCUCGACGCCGAGCGCUGCCGCGAGGAGUCCCGCCGCCAGGCCGCCGCGCGCCGCCGCGAGCGCAAGAAGAAGAAGAAGAUGGAGAAGAAGGUCACCAUCAUGGAGGAGCGGCGCAAGCUCCAAGCGGAAAACGACAAGAACUCGUUAUACUCUGAGAAGGCACUGGGCGAGUGCUCCGAGGGCGGCGAGCCCGACGAUGAGCCGCAGGCCAAGGAAGAGGGCGACUCCGGCAUCGACGCCAACUCGCAGGGCUCAUGCUCCUCCUCGGACGUGAAGGCGCCGCCGGCCCCGAGCGCCAAGACCAAGAAGAAGAGGAAAGACGAGAAAGCGCCCCCGCCCGCCCCGCCCUCCAAACACCCCGACAAACCUAAACCCAAGCAAAUAGAGAGUAAACCAGAAAAAGAGAGCACUCCUAAACCAGACAAGAAACAGGAGAAAGAAAACGUCGCUCCCAGCCCGCCGGCCACGCCGGUCAAACCGGCGCUGCUGCCCGAGCGGCGGCCACCCGAGAAAAAGGACAAAAAACCCGAAGAGGAUAUCCCUAAGAGCAUAACAGUACAGAACGUAAACAAAUACGGCAGUAGCUCUAGAAAGAGUCAAGUGUUCGAAUCCUCGCGGUUUACGGCCGAGAAAGAGGACAUUGACCCGACUGACAAAAACAAAAAGACGCACGCCACGCACCAAUGGGAGUUGGAAGCCAAGAGUACGUCGCCAAAAGGCGGGUGCGUGGGCGGCCGACGAGAGGAAGGAUGGAAGGAGGUCGUGCGCAAGUCGAGCGUGCAGACCCUUUCUACCGUCGAGCCAGGAUGCAAGAAAGUAUCUGUCGGCGCGCAUGCCAUCUCGCGAGUGAUCGGUCGCGCCGGCAGCAACAUCAACGCCAUCCGCGCCGCCACCGGCGCGCACAUCGAGGUCGACAAGCAGGGCAAGGGCCAGGGCGAGCGCAUCAUCACCAUCAAGGGUUCAGCGGAAGCGACGAAGCAGGCGGCGAGCCUGAUAGCGGCGAUGAUCCGCGACCCCGAGGCCGACAUCGCGGCGCUGCUGCCGCGCGCCAAGCUGCCCGCGCCGCAGCCGCCGCCGCUGCAGCCCAAGCAGCCCAAACAGGCACCGCCCAAGCAGCAGCCGAGCGCCGUGCCCGUGGCCCGCGCGACGCCGACCGCGCGCGCGCCCUCCAAGCAGCACGCCACUUCCACGCCGCGCGCACAAGCUCUCCGCCUAACUGCGCACGCAGCGUCAGUGGUCGAGAAGCGCGCCACCGCAGCGACGGCCACCGCGACGCCGGUGAAGUCGUCGCUGUCGUACACGGGCGCCAUCGUGGGCACGCGCAACACGUUCGCGGCCAAGCUCACCGCGCCGCCCGCGCUCGCGCCGCCCCUGCCCGCGCCCGAGCCCAAGGCGCGUGUCAAGCCGCAGACGAGCACGCCGCCGUCUUGCGCGCCGCCGCCGCCCGCCGCGUCGCCGCUGCGCGCGCGCGACUCGCCGCCCGCCCGCGCCGAUGACGACAAGCGCGUGCCCGACGUGCCGCAGCUGAGCCCAGAAGCUCCAAGCCAGUGGAGCGAAGAUAACACUGCCAACCCUAACUCUGCACUGCAUAUUAAUACGACGCCACAGUCGAGCUGCGGCAGCGGCAGCGGCACGGGCCCGGGCGCGCAGGAGUACUCGCUGUUCAAGGACCUGUCGGCCGGCGGCGGCAUGUGGGGCGCCGGCGACGCGCACGACGCGCCGCACCCGCACCAGCAGGUGUACCGCGAGCAGGUGGACGCGAGCAAGGCGCCGGGCUACCGCGGCGCAGCGCCGGGCGGCUGCUCGCCGUGCUCGCGCACCUCCUCGCACGGCUCCACGCCGCCGCCCGCCUACCAGCCGCCGCAGCCGCCCUUCCACCAGCCGCUGCCCAUCGGCCCGCUCCCGCCCAUCUCGCUCAGUAACAGUGUGAAUACGAUGGACAUGAGUGGAUUAUCUCGAAACGGACCUAUCUAUCAAGACAACUCCAGGAAUGGGCACAACAUGAUGGUGUCCAUGGGCGGCGGGCUGGGGCUGGCGGGUGUCGCCGGCGUGUCCGCGGUGUCCGCGGCGGGCGAGGUGUCGCGCCUCAACCCGCGCGCGCCCGACUUCGCGCAGCGCGCGCCGCACCUGGCCGCGCUCCCGCACCAGCACCAGCCGCUCCACCCGCACAACAUGCACCACAACAAGCACCAGCAGCAGCAGCUGUUCGCGGGUGCCAGUGGCGCGGGCGGUAACCUCAGCGCGCUGCUCAUGUACCAGCCGCAGCAGGCCGCGCCCAAGCCCAUGCACACGCCGCAACCUCACCUACAGUACCAGUCCCUAUUGGAGCGUGGUGUGGGAGUAGGGGCGGGAGGCUGGGGCGAGGAGGAGGAGCGCAAGCCGCGGCCGAUCGGCACCGAGCGCGCGUGGAAGCUCACCGCCGACUCCGACUGGCACCACCCGCACCACAUGCCCGACCACGACCGAUACCAGGUACGCACCAGGGAUGGCGCCCCCGGCAUGAGCGGCGCGCACUCGGCGCACGGGCUGGAGUACGGCGCGGGCGCGGGCUCGGGCGCCACGGCGGCGGCGCUGUCGCUCAUGCACGCGCUGCCGCUGCACUACCUGCCCGCCGCGCCCGACCCCCGGCCCUGGGAGCGCGCGCCGCCCGCGCAGCCGCACGCCGACAAACAGACAUGGAGCAAGUGGACCCACUAGAGAAGCCCUCGCCGGCGCCGGCCGCGGCCGCGCCGCGAGACUGUCCCGCGAGGAUUAUAUAUAAUUGUAACCCUUGGAAACGGUGUAGAUAUUAGUGAGAAAGAAUUAUAUUAUACAGAUUAUCUAUAUACAUAAUAGAGAAAAUGUCCUAUCGAGAAGAGAAAUACUUAUACUGUACGAUCGACUGAAGUGAGCAUUAAACGAUUCAUUAUAAUGAAACACGUGAGGGGUCGGUUGUAGUUUUAUUUGUUACUGCCGCUCGCUGCCGGCCGCCGUUGUUAGACGAAUUAUAGUUGUUCUAGUGCGCGCCCUCGCGCUAGUGGUAGCUUGGAAUGUGAUUCCGUACGCGCCGUGUUUUGCGUUGCCUUGCGCGGCCCCAGCCGCCGACUAUUUACAUAUUUUACACUAUAUUAUGGCAUAAUACGAUAUUAAUUUGAUUGAAUGCGCUCGCAACCCGAGUCGGAUUAUAAACGUGUAUUAAUAAAUUUGCUUGUACAUGAAGAUUAAAUAUCAUAUAUUGAUGCACUGUA